AAAAUUAGCUGUUAAAAAAAUCCCGGUCAGCUUCAGUGGGUGAGUGAGUCUUCGUCUUCUACUACUACUACUACUACUGGAGGGAGUGACUAGGGUUUGAGGGUUGAUCUAAUUAUAAUCAUCCAGAUCAGAUUAGGAGUAUUUUGGAGGUGAAAUCAAUCAUGCCAAACCUCUCUAAUCAGAUCAGAGCCUCUUCGUCUCUGAUAAAGCGCCUCAAACAGAGGAUGCUGACCACCACUAGAUCUUUCACUACUACCGAGGGCCACCGCCCCACCAUUGUCCACAAGCGUAGCCUUGAUAUUCUUCACGAUCCCUGGUUCAACAAGGGAACAGCGUUUUCUAUGACUGAACGUGAUCGUCUUGAUCUUCGCGGUCUUCUCCCUCCAAAUGUUAUGUCAUCUGACCAGCAAAUUGAACGCUUCAUGGCUGACUUGAAGAGGCUUGAAGUUCAAGCUAGAGAUGGACCUUCUGAUCCAAAUGCCUUGGCCAAGUGGCGCAUCCUUAAUCGCUUGCAUGAUCGGAAUGAGACCAUGUACUAUAAGGUCCUGAUAGCCAAUAUUGAAGAAUAUGCACCCAUAGUAUACACUCCAACUGUAGGUCUUGUUUGCCAAAACUACAGUGGCUUGUUUAGAAGGCCAAGGGGAAUGUAUUUUAGUGCUGCUGAUCGCGGAGAAAUGAUGUCCAUGGUUUAUAAUUGGCCAGCUGAGCAGGUUGAUAUGAUUGUUGUUACGGAUGGAAGCAGGAUACUGGGUCUUGGAGAUCUUGGAGUCCAGGGAAUUGGAAUUGCAAUUGGAAAGCUGGAUCUUUAUGUUGCUGCUGCUGGAAUAAAUCCCCAAAGGGUGCUUCCAGUGAUGAUUGAUGUUGGAACCAACAAUGAGAAGCUGCUGAAGGACCCCCUGUAUUUGGGAUUGCAAGAACACCGUCUUGAUGGUGAUGAAUAUAUAGCAGUCAUUGAUGAAUUUAUGGAGGCAGUAUUUACUCGUUGGCCUCAUGUCAUUGUGCAGUUUGAAGAUUUUCAAAGCAAGUGGGCCUUCAAGCUGUUGCAGCGAUAUAGGUAUACCUACAGAAUGUUCAAUGAUGAUGUCCAGGGUACAGCAGGGGUUGCAAUUGCUGGCCUCUUAGGAGCUGUAAGGGCACAAGGCAGGCCUAUGAUUGACUUUCCAAAGCAAAAGAUAGUUGUAGCUGGUGCUGGAAGUGCUGGAAUAGGGGUUCUCAAUGAUGCAAGGAAAACAAUGGCCAGGAUGCUGGGAAACAAUGAAUCUGCUUUUGAAAGUGCACGGAGUCAAUUCUGGGUAGUUGAUGCUAAGGGUCUGAUAACAGAGGAACGUGAAAAUCUUGAUCCAGAAGUCCAGCCAUUUGCAAGGCGGAUCAAAGAAGUUAAUCGUCAAGGACUAGGGGAGGGUGCAAGUCUUGUAGAAGUGGUGCGUGAAGUGAAACCUGAUGUGCUUCUUGGAUUAUCUGCAGUUGGGGGUUUAUUUUCAAAGGAGGUAUUAGAGGCCCUCAAAGGUUCAACCUCAACAAGACCAGCAAUUUUUGCCAUGUCAAAUCCUACAAAUAAUGCUGAAUGCACUCCUGAAGCAGCAUUUUCCAUUGUGGGAGACAAUAUUAUAUUUGCUAGCGGAAGUCCAUUCAAAGAUGUUGAUCUUGGAAACAGCCAAAUUGGCCACUGUAACCAAGGAAACAACAUGUACUUGUUUCCAGGCAUUGGGCUUGGGACUCUUCUCUCGGGAUCUAGGAUCGUCUCUGAUGGCAUGCUACAGGCUGCAGCUGAAUGCCUAGCUGCAUAUAUGACAGAAGAGGAGGUUCUACAGGGAAUUAUAUUCCCUUCAACAUCUAGAAUACGAGACAUAACAAAGAAGGUAGCUGCAGCUGUGGUGAAGGAAGCCAUUGAAGAGGAUCUUGCAGAAGGAUACCGUGAAAUGGAUGUCCGAGAUCUUGUGAAACUUAAUGAGGAGGAAAUUUUAGAAUACGUGCAGAACAACAUGUGGAGUCCAGAUUAUCCAACACUAGUGUACAACAAGGCCUGAACAUAAAAUAAAAAGUCUUCCCUGCAGAAGUAAGGUUGGUCGAGAAAAUGUUGUCAAAAACUCUUUAGUGUGGAUUAAUAACAUUGUUGUAUUUUAAGUUUCCCUGCAGAACUAUUAAUUGUUUAAUUUUAAGUUUCUGUGGGCUUUGUCAUGGGGUAUGUCCCCGUUGAUCUUACAUGUGUAUCACCACAUUAUUGAAUUAAAGUUGUAUAAGUUUUGCUUCUUGGAUAGAUACUUAUUGAAAUGAAGGUGUAUAUGUUUAGUUU